CGUAGGAGUAUAUAUCUAUUAGAGCAGCUCUGUCCCGUCUUCAUUGUUACUGAACCGUCCUGAGUUAUUGUUGGAAGUAAAAGGCUAAAAGCUCGCCAUGUCCGAAGAGAAUCAACCUACUCUUGAAACUGCUGCUCCCGUUGAAGAGGCGCCACAACAAGCUGAGCCAGUAGCAGCUAAGCCAGAAGACAACAGGCCCCUUGUGUUGGUAACUGGAGCCUCCGGCUUCAUAGCUGCACACGUCAUUAAGCAGCUAGCUGCCAAUGGAAAGUAUAGGAUCCGUGGGACUGUUAGAGAUGCUACAAAUGAAGCUAAAACAAAACCAAUCAGAGAGCUGCCUGGAGGGGAUACAAUGGAGCUUGUUAGCGCCAACCUCACGAGCGAGGAGGAAUGGAAAGCUGCUGUGAAAGGCUGCACGUAUGUGCUUCAUGUUGCCUCACCUUUCCCAUUGAAGAAACCCAAAAAUGAAGACGAGGUGAUCCUUCCAGCUAGGGAAGGAGCUCUUAAUGUUCUCAAGGCAUGCGCCGAGGAAGCAGGGAGCCCAGAUCGCCAGCUCAAGCGGGUUGUUCUCGUCAGCUCCAUUGCAGCUGUCUCUAAUGGGUUAGUUGGACCCUCUGGCACAUAUUCAGAAGAGAAUUGGUCAGAUGAGACAAAGAUUCCUCCAUACGAAAAGAGCAAGCUCCUAGCAGAGAGAGCUUCUUGGGAAUUCGUAGAAAAACUAGAGGAUGGGAAAAAGUUUGAGUUCUCUGUCGUUAACCCAGCAGUAGUAUUUGGUCCUCCACUUAAUGCUUCAAGUGGUAGUGGUAGUUCUUUGUCUUUAAUCACAAACGUCAUUGGAAACAAGGUCCCUGGUAUACCAAACCUAUAUGUUCCUUACAUUGACGUGAGAGAUGUUGCAGCUGGCCUUAUCGCUGCUAUGGAGAAACCAGAGGCAGCAGGAAAGAGGUACCUUCUUGCAAAUGAAGAGCCACCACCUUAUCUUGAUAUGGCUCAAGCGAUAGCCGAUGAGUUUGAACCUCAGGGAUACAAGGUUCCGGCCAAGCCAAUGAAUAAAGUUCUGCUGUGGGUUGCUGCUCUGUUAGAUGAAGGAGCAAAGUUGGCUAAGAGUUAUCAAGGGAUAGAAAUCAAAUACAACAUCAGUCGAAUGGUCGGUGAAUUAGGCAUUACUCCUAUACCAUACAAAACAUGUGUCCUUGAUACUUGCUAUGGUCUUAUUGAUCAUGGUUUGAUCAGGAAGACUCCACAAUACUUGGGACACCCUGACAACCGACCUCCUCCUCAAGAACCAGAAGCUGAAGAACCAAAAGCUGAAGAAACAAAAGCUGAAGAACCGAAAGCUGAAGAACCGAAAUCCGAAGAACCGAAAGCGGAAGAGCCUAAAGUGGAAGAACCUAAAGCUGAAGAGCCUAAAGCGGAAGAACCUAAAGCGGAAGAACCUAAAGCCGAAGAGCCUAAAGCCGAAGAACCAAAAGCUGAAGAGCCUAAAGCCGAAGAACCUAAAGCUGAAGAGCCUAAAGCCGAAGAACCUAAAGCUGAAGAACCUAAAGCUGAAGAACCAAAAGCUGAAGAACCAAAAGCCGAAGAGCCUAAAGCUGAAGAACCAAAAGCCGAAGAGCCUAAAGCUGAAGAACCAAAAGCCGAAGAGCCAAAAGCCGAAGAACCAAAAGCUGAAGAACCUAAAGCUGAAGAGCCAAAGGCCGAGGAAACUGAAGAACCAGCUGAAGGAGAGGAAUCAUCAUAAACCCAAUAAUAUUAUAAUUUUAAUGAUAAAUUUGGUUUUUAGUGAAUUUUGAUUACUGUGUAAUGCUAUGACCCUAUUUAAUUGAAUAAUGUUAAAUCAGUAGAGAACACUA